AUGUCCACACGAAGCUCCAAAGUCACCAAGAAAUCGAGGACAAGACUGACGCUGAGUGAAGAUGCCGACGGCCCAUGCGACUACUGCCGCAGCAUCGAUGAGAUCUGCUCAGUGGACAUGGAGAAACGGCGGCAGAAGCCCUUCUACUUCGUCUCCGAAGAGGAAUACCGUCUAUUACGUGAGCUUUGCAGUAAUUGCUUUCCGGAUGAGGAGUUGACGAUACCGAAUCUGCGACGAUUGAUUGACGAGAACAAAAGGCCGGCGUUCAAGACACAGACAGAUAUCGCAACGCCUACGAUGUCUCUGAUUGAAGUAUCGGCAGAAGCACCCCUUAUAGAUUGUGGAGAUGAGAUCAUAGAUCAAGGAGAGGGUUUGAUUCAAGACGUAGAAGAGACUCAAGCCGAGGAAGAGGAAAUAUUGCUACCAGAGAUCGUGAAUCUACACCAUGACCUGGGCUGUCUGCUUGCCGACGCUCACGGGGAGUAUCGCUACAUGGGUGCAGAGUCAGGUGCCAGCUUCAACAGCGCCGUAAGGUCAUGGAUGCUCAGAAUGGGUGCAGGGAUGAGAAGCAAAGACAAGGAUAAGGAUAAGAUACCUGGAAUGCUCAAAGUCAGUCCGCCUUCUGUGAAGUCUCCUUUGACAGACGCUGCAUCUUCGCCAGGAAAUCCAUGCCAGUUCCCAUCACAAGAUCUGCUGUCCGCUUGUGCAGCUCGUUUCUUCGAGCAGGUUCACUGUCUGUACUGGAUAUACUCUGCCGAAUCAUUCUAUACUCGACUUGAGACCACGUACUCGGGCGACACUGGACAGCUUACUGCUUCUUGGCUUUGUUCGCUACAUGGGAUAGUGGCACUGUGCGCCUCGUGCGAGCCGUCGCCUAAUGGGUUGGUCAAUGGACAGGGAACCCAUGAGUCAUUGGAGAUGGCCAAGUCUUUAGUAACGAGGGUAUGCGAUGAGGCUGAUCUGGAUAGUAUACGGGCAUUUAUAGUUCUGUCACUGGCAUUGCAGUCCAAUGGUUUCACCAACUCAGCAUACCUUUACAUCGGUCUCGCAGUUCGCAUCGCCUUCUCUCUCGGUCUUCAUCUGGACAAGUACUCCACCAAGAGUGGCGUAGUCGUCAGUCCAGGGUCUCAUACUCCAAACGGAUAUCUCGAGCAGUGUAUACGUCUUGCUCAGAUAACGCAGAGCAUACGGCAGAACCUCUACGACGGGCCUGUCCAUGGCGGGCAAAAGUUAUCCAAGACUCACUUUAAUGAUGCUGUGACCUCUCUGCAAGACUGGCUAGACCACGUACCGCCGCACCUUCAUCUAUCGCCCUCCGUGUCACUGUCUUACAGACGGUCCAUAUCUCUUCUACACCUUCGCUACUGGAGUACCAUGAUGCUCGUCACCAAACCCUUCCUUCUUUGUAAUCUACUACAAGGCAUCGAGCAUGUUGAGGCCGUCAAGCAACCGAUAUUCGCUACCCUUGCCAAAACCUGUGUGUCUGCUGCCGAGUCAUCAUUUGAGAUCCUGGAAGGCAUGGUUCUCCAUAAGGUAGCUUCAAGCCUGGUAAUGGCCGAUUAUCUCUUCGCUUUACAAGCACUUCAGGUCAUCGUCGCUGCUUGCGGACUAUACCACAUGGAUGGCCAUCAAGCUCGAGCAAAGCAAUGUCUACGGAUAUUGCUGGCAAUAAGUGUUUCAGGCUAUCCGAAGCAUCUUAUCCCGGAAACAUUAUUUCAGUUGCAACAAUGUGGACUUGCUGAAGGUGUCGAAGAUACAUCAAAUAUCACUCUACAUCCUUCCGAACCUCUAGGAUAUCCCCAGAUAGUAACUGAACCUCUGCAGCGGAUUUCCCUUGACCAUAGCACGGAUCAACUAGCAAUGACGUGGUUGAACGAGCUCGAUAUGGCAGAUAUAGUGAUCGACAAUGGAUUUCUGGAUAAUCUGAUGGACAUCUCUACCAUCUUCCCUUUUGGGCCAUCAUAA